GGGCCUUAACAAACAAGGAUAUCAAUGUCAGUUGUGUAGUACAGCAGUUCAUAAGAAAUGCCAUGAAAAAAUAAUUAGCCAAUGUCCUGGUUCAGCUGAAAAGACCAAAGAUACAAUUUACUUGAAGGAACGUUUCAAAAUCGAUAUUCCACAUCGUUUUAAAUCGUACAAUUUUAAAAGUCCAACAUUUUGUGAUCAUUGUGGCUCAUUACUGUAUGGUCUUUUUAAACAAGGAUUAAAAUGUGAAGUGUGUGGUGUUGUAUGCCAUCACAAAUGUAAACGAUAUAUGCCUAAUUUGUGCGGUGUUAAUCAAAAACAACUUUCUCAAGCAUUAUUUGAAAUUAAACGUGGAGCACACGGUCAAACAAGUGCGCCAGCUGGUUUUGGUGCAAUGACGUUGCCAGUAGGACCCAAUGUACCGGUAGAACCGCGUAGCAUUUCAUCAUCAUCAUCAAAUGGUUCAGCAUGCAGUGGUUAUAAAUUUCCGGAUCGUUUCAAAGCUUUUUUCCGUUAUCACAAUUACAAUUUAGAUAAUCAUAGUGAUAAUGAAGAGUAA